AGGACCGUCGGUUAUGCGGGAUUGUUUUUGAAUCGUAAGAGUGCCUGUGUCACCCUCCUUCACGUGACCCCAUUGGAAGUGGUCUUGAAGAAUCACGAUGAGUAGGCUUGGUGUGACGUCGAAGUGUGGCUCGAAAAUCGCGUGCAUAUCACCUGACGGAGGUGUAAUAUUCUGGGAUGCCUUCGCGGAAACCAUCGUCGGGGAGUUUUCCUCUGCUGAUCAUCUGAGUAAUCCCAUGCUAUCAAUCGAUUGGCUCACUGAGGAUCUACUAUGCUUUGGAACGAAGCUCGGAUCUGUGUGUUUGUUGGACGCGUCGCGAUUGAAGGUAGUCGGCGAUCCGCUCGUUUCUCACACCAACGCAGUCCGUGGGCUGGCAGUGCGAAGUCAAGAAAGCUUCUUUUCUGGUGGUGGUGAUGGACAAAUAGUGGAAUGGUCUUUGAACAAACGCAGCAAGGGUCGUGUGGAAAAGAAGUGGAGUGCCGGGAAGAAAGGCAUUAGUGCUCUGGGUCUAAUAGAAAAUGGAUCCAAGCUAGUGAGUGCAUCUACUAGCGGCGUUAUCACAGUAUGGAAUACAGAAGACUGCACGGCUUUGCAUAAAGUGACUGGCCACGUGAAUCCAGUUUCUCAUCUUGUUGCGCUAUCACCAUCAAAAACCAGCGAUGAGAAAACGUUGAAAAAGCGGCGGAAGAGUGAAUUUGUAGCUCCGUCAUUAUUCUUCACUGCGGCACAAAACGAAAGGAACAUACUUGCCUGGAACUUAGCGAGUAUCGAUGGAAGUUUUCUUACGCUAGCUUCGACGGAAAACGUCUGUCAUCUUUCUGUUGGACUUUGGAACUCGGAUGCUAUCGUUUCAGUAGUGACUGAUGGUGGUUCGCUGCUGCUUUACAGAUUUUCUCCUGGAACAAAACAACGAAAACCCGUGGUUCCUUCGAAGGUAGUAAAAUUUUUGCACGGCGAAGGUCAGUCUUUGAUACCGGUCCGCUUCGCUGUAGUUCGUGAGGAUGGCAAAAUCCUUGUCAUCCGAGGUGACUUCGCGAAACCGUCGAUGGAGAUGCUCGAAUACGACGACUUGGAAGAGCAAACUCAGCUUAUACGAGCGGCCAGUUCGCGGCGAAAAAAAUCCAAAGUUUCUACGCAACCAGUUGUGGACAGUCCUAAAUUCGGCGUUUCUGUUGGCCUGAAGGCUGGGUUGAAACGAGAAGCCGAAGUAAUUGACCCAGUGCAAAAGUCGCUGGGCGAACGAUUGCAAGAAGUUGAACUGCACGAAGAUGGCCAAGACGGUCGAAGUGGUCAAAGUUUAACUCGGCUAUUGGUACAGGGAUUGCAGAGUAAAGACAAAUCCAUUUUGCGGCAAGUUUUAUCGGUAGACAAUGAAGCAACUAUGAAAAACACGCUGAGAAGAUUGCCUGCAGAAUACGUCACAGCCUUGCUUAAGGUUUUGGCGGAGUCACUAUCGACUGGAAUGCAGCCAGAACAGGCAACUACUCAAAUCAGAUGGGUCAAGAACGUGCUUUUCUUCCAUACUUCGGCACUUGCGUCGAACCCGAAUGUAGAUACUAUUCUUGCGCCGUUUCUCAAAAUGAGAGAGGAAAGCGAAGCGUUGCUACGAAAAUUUUCAGAAGUAAAAGGAAGGUUUGACAUGGUUUUCGCUUUCGCGGAACCAGAAGAUCUCGAUAAAGAAACCGACCGAGAACCCGUUUUCGUCCUGAACGACGACGACUCGGACUGGGAAGAAAAAGGCCUUGAGUCGAGCAGUGAGCACGAGAGUGACUUGGAACUCAACGAGGAAAACGGCGAAGAGAGACAAAGUAUUUCCGAGGGGGACUCGGAAGGGGAAAUGGUGAUUGACGAAGACGAUGAGGAUUAAAGGAUGUUGUCGUCGUCUCGGGAAAUUGUUGUUUUGCUAUUGAAGACCUGAACUUGAGAUGAAACGUCGACAUCUG